AUGAAGGAGUGUUUGUCACUGGUUCAGAGACUCAGCGCACAUCCCGACUCUCGGUGCUGGUUCGUUUGUUGGAGCCCAAAUGGAACGCUGCUGGCUUCAUGUGGGGGCGAUAGGGCAAUCCGGAUAUGGGGACGCGAAGGUGACUCUUGGAUAUGUAAGAGUGUGCUUCAGGAUGGACACCAGCGCACUGUGAGGAAAGUGGCAUGGUCUCCAUGUGGGAAUUACAUGGCCUCGGCCAGCUUUGAUGCAACUACGUGCAUCUGGAAAAAGAAGGAUAAUGACUUUGAGACUCUGACUGUUUUGGAAGGGCACGAAAAUGAGGUCAAAUGCGUGGCUUGGGCCCCUUCAGGGAAUCUGUUGGCGACAUGCAGUCGAGACAAGAGUGUGUGGGUCUGGGAAGUGGAUGAAGAAGACGAGUACGAGUGCGUUACAGUUGUGAAUUCUCACACACAAGAUGUGAAGCAUGUUGUGUGGCAUCCAACUCAAGAGCUCUUGGCUUCAGCCAGCUAUGACAACAACAUCUGUAUCUACAAAGAGGAGGAUGAUGACUGGGAAUGUCGAGCGACCUUACAGGGACACACAUCCACGGUGUGGAGUUUGUGUUUUGAUGGCAUUGGGCAGAGGAUGGCCUCCUGCAGUGAUGACCGCACUGUGAAGAUUUGGAAAGAGUAUCCAACUGAAAGCAGUCAGGGUGACCUUUCAUGGAAGUGUGUCUGCACUCUGUCUGGGUAUCAUGGACGAACUGUAUAUGAUAUUGCCUGGUGUAGACUAACUGGUGCCCUGGCAACUGCCUGUGGUGACGACGCCGUCCGAGUGUUCACGGAGGAUCCCACGGCCCCUCCUGACGAGCCGGUGUUCUCGCUGGCUGCUCAGGCCACCAAAGCUCACAACCAGGAUGUCAACUGUGUCGCCUGGAACCCAAAGGAGGCCGGACUGCUGGCCUCCUGCAGUGACGAUGGAGAUAUUGCCAUUUGGAGGUUCCAGAAGGAGGCCUGA